AUUAUUGUAACUCACAACAUUCCGUUGUUUCCAUGGAAGCCACCAUGUCAGAACAGUUACAAUUAGCUUAAGGCUACAUAAUGACGUAGUUAAAUUGAAAACAUCUGCAGGCAGUUUGUCGGUUUCAUCAGGUUCACAUCGCAGCCUCAGCUCCCUGAAGAGACCGACACAAUGAACCGGUUUAACUCCACCGUCCCUGUGGACCAGUAUCUCGCGGAAAGUAACGUGUUGUUCUACCUGAGCGACGCAGUGACCCAGCUGCUGGAGCAUAAGGAGGAGUACACCCAGUUCGGGGUGAUCCGCUAUUUCGCUGAGUACUUCAGCAGUGUAAAGAACAGUAACCACAUCCUCUUCAGAGAGUACAGCUACAUCAAGGCCACUCCUCAUAAUAGAGCCUCCUUCAUCAGAGUCUUUUGGAGAUGUUACAGACAGAUCGGCAAGAGUGGAGACUUACUGUCCAUGCUGGAGUACAGGUCUCUGCUGCAGUUACUGUGUCCAGACUUCCCUGUGGAGAUGGUGCAGAGUGCAGCCAGAAUUGUUCUGAUGGAUGACGCCAUAGAUUGUCUGAUGUCUUUCUCUGACUUCCUGUUUGCCUUCCAGCUGCAGUUCUACUACCAAGAGUUCCUGGACAGCGUGCUGUUGAUCUACCAGGAUCUGUUAGCAGGGAAGAGUCCUAACACUGUCAUCGUCCCCACCUCCACCUCCAUCGAGCAGCUCCCCUCUGUGACUGCAGAGGAGAACGACAAGGAGCAGCAGCAGCAGGACGGGGUGGAGCCUUCCACUCUGGCUCAGUGUGUAGAUGCCCUCUGUGACAGGUUUAAACACAGUCAUCCUCCCAGGUCCUGUAUGAAGGAGGUGCUGGAAGAAACUGACAAAGUGUGUUACUACAGUUUCCUCAUGAGCCUGGCCAAACACGAGACCAUCAACCAGACUAUUGGAGUGCUGCCCAGCAAAGCAGAGUUACUCAUUGACCCAGAGAUGGACCAGGAACUGGACAAACUGAUCGCUCAGAUCUCAGUGAGUCCUGGCAGUAACAGCAGUGGCAGUGCAGUGGGGGGGCUGAAGGAGCUGCAGCGGAAAGCUUCCCCCAGGAGGAACAUCCACCACAGGAGGAAGAUGGAGGUGGAGAGCGAUGGCUCCACAGAGGAGACGGACUCAUCUGAGAACUGACCUCUGACCUUUCAAAACCUGAACACACACUGGCUGUAUGGUACACAUCAGACUCUCCUGCCCAUUACUUUCUAUGUAAACCCACACACAUCAGUCCAGCAGAAGCCCCCACCCUGUGACAGAACAGGUCACUGUCUCUGUGUCCAGAACAGCAGCCACAGCCACAGUAAACCUGAACUCUAGAUUCACUGUCAUUGCUACAUACUGUUGUUCAUGUGUGAUGUCAUGGUGGCCAUGUGACAUACCACUGCUGUGCAGCUGCAAUCUCUCCAAACUAAAUGUUUGUGUUCCCAUCGUUACUGGGCGUAGUAAUGUUAUUUCUUUAAUGUGUAAUGAGAAACAUAACACUCAGUGAGAGGCCUCUGGACAAUAACCCAUCAUGAAACUCCACAACUCUCCCUUGACGUGUCAUAUCUGAGUGGGAAUUAUUGACUGUAAAUACUUCAUUUUUCAUAAAAAGCUGUUCUUGGUGUUAGUAAACUAUCAUCACACUAUGUAGCUCCAAUAAAACCUUCUGUUUAAGCUGUGACGACAGCACCAAGCAUUAAUAGGAUUAGUUUCGGUAUCCAAACGGCAGAUAAAGCACUCUGUGUUUCUUAAUCUUUAGUGUUGAGCAUGUUGAGGAACAGACUUCUCCUGUUAAUAAUCUAUAGUCAGCUCCAGAAACAACUGUAUGUAUUUAUUUGUUAUGAUAUGAAGCUUGAUGUGAAUGUAAUAUUACACAGAUACUUGUUCACACUGUGGAUAAUAAAGAUGUAUCCGAUGCCUGGUGGUCUCUGCAGACUCA